AAGCUGGUCGGUGAACGUCAGACUCGAGACGACAAAAGUAUUUAAAGGCCCCGGACAUUCGCAGGAGCCCAUUUUUGAACAUCAUCCUGUUUAUCGUGUCGUCUACAGUACUCUGAACUUCUAACAACCGAAUACCUUUGCACAAGUAAUCCAAUGGCAGCCCCGGGUGGACGCUUCUUCGUCCAAGAUGUGUGGGACAAACCUGCGGAACAUCAUGAGAGCUUCAAGAAGUUGUGGGAAAUGAAAUACAAAGAAGCAUGUGAUCAGGGCGUGUAUCCGUUCAUGUGGUCCUCGCCAGCCGAUUUCCAAGGUAUUGUUGAGGAGCUGAUCGAGAAAAAUCUCGGCGAACCAUACAAUUGGGAUGAGUACGCCCAGACCUUCUUUCCGAAGGCCGAAGAGCUGGUCGCGAAGGCCGAAGCCGCAGAGAAAGAAGGCAAUCAAGAAAAGGCGUCCGAGUUCUAUAUGCGCGCAUCCGCUGUCUAUCGAAUCUCCCGAUUUCCCGCCCCUCGAUCGGAAAAGCAGCGCUAUGCAUGGCAAGAAGGCAAGAAAGCCGCAGCGAAAGGCCUUGCGUUGCGCGAGCGGCCGACUAAGGAGGUUACGAUCCCCCACAAGCACGGCAUCGCAGGGGAGGGCAAGGAGGUGACGUUCUAUUAUCAUCUCCCCCCCGGGACAACAGCAGCCAAGCCCGUUCCACUGGUCAUCAUUCUGACCGGGCUCGACGGUUACCGCACUGAGCUUUCAGUGUGGAUUGAAGGCUGGUCGCAGAAAGGUGUCGGCGUCAUUGUUCUGGAGAUUCCCGGUACCGGCGACUCGCCUGCCGCUCCGAACGACCCGAAAUCGCCAGAUCGUGAGUGGUCCACCCUGUUCGACUGGGUUGAUCAGCAGCCAGAGAUAGACCACAGCAAGCGCCUGCUGUGGGGGUUCAGCACUGGCGGAUACUACGCCCUCCGACUGGCGCACACCCAUCGCGACAAAUUGGCGGGCGUUGUUGCUCUCGGAGGCGGGUGCCACCACAUGUUCUCGCCCGAGUGGCUGUCGCGAAUCUCGAAACUCGAGUACCCCUUUGACCUUGCGGAAACCCUGGCUUACAAGUGGGGCUACGGGAAUGACCUGGAGAAAUUCAAGAAAGAGGGCAUGAAGUUCUCGCUCAUCAACGACGGCACUUUGGACCUCCCAUGUACCCGCCUCUUGCUUGUGAACGGAGUAGACGAUGAAGUCUUCCCCAUCGACGACUACUAUGAGUGUCUGCUACGCGGGCAGCCUAAGGAAGUCAGGUUCAUGGACAAGACGAAGCAUAUGGGGGAGCCGCACAGCUUCUUCAUCAUUCUUCCAUGGGUCUACAAGGUCUUGGGGCUUGAAGGCAACCCCGCGGAUCAGAUGAAGACGGUCCCCUCUCGUCCGAAGUAUUAGUAUAGAAGCGUUCAUGCGAUUAGACUUGGACAAGCGUUGUUUGAGUAUAGAGGCGUUUGUGUGUUAGAUUUGGCAAGCAUUGAUGUUUAUUAUCCCAAUGGCCAGAACCUCCAAGAACCAGAACUUCCCAAUGCGGAAAAUGAAUCUGGUCCGUGCG